AUGGCCCCUUUCAAUAGCUUCAUGCUCGUUUUCUUCAUGGCUUUGUCAUUUUCCAGCAUCAAUGUUAGUCUGGGGGCUCGUCAUCUUCUUCAGUUGCCGCCUUUGCCUCCAAUCCCGACUUUGCCUGGAGCAGCGCUACCACCGUUGCCAUCUUUGCCAAAUCUCCCUCAGCCAACUAUUCCCACAUUGCCAACUACACAACCAUCUCUGCCCAACCCCGGCACCCUUCCUCCAAUUCCUAGCAUGCCCACCCUCCCGACCUUCCCUACUGCCCCACAGGUCAGCCUGCCUCCACUGCCUAGCAUGCCCUCAAUCCCCACUAUCCCAACUACGAUUCCAUCCAUCCCAUUCUUCUCCCCACCACCUUCGAAAACUAGCCCUUGA